GACCUGGAACAGGGCAGGCUGCUUUAAACCGGUCCACAAUGCUUUGCGGUGUCCCAGUACCGUUGCGAUGUAUUUACGAACUGUUGGCGAUAUUUCGGUGAGGUACGAAUGGUAUGUUGGGUAGGUGCAUGAUGUAAUAUGCUACAAAUGUCAGACAACUUUGCCGAGUUAACCCUCUCCAACAUCACGACCUUUUCUUUGACACGUUUGUUGCUUGUUUACUUCCAUCACAUAAUCUAAGUUCUUGAACGGAAUAGGGAGGAAUGACAAGCAUGUAGCGCUGGUCUUCUAUCCUGGUCGACAGCAAAUCUCAAAUGCUAGUGGAGUGGAGAAGCAUGACUAUGAGAGUACGCAAACAGCCUUCGGAGUGGUGCACUUGAAAGGACCGCAGAUAAACACAGGGGUCACCAAUAAUGAAACAUGGUUGGUGGUCUCUGAGCAUGCAGUUGACUGCAUUCUCACUAGAAAAAGAGGAAGGCACAACCCUGGACUUUCAUUGUUAUGCCCCCACACUACAUGGUAGAGAAGUACAGAGUCUGAAAGAUGUUCACAAGUCUAUGUAUAGAGGGAGAAUGACAUCACCCAGAUGAAAGCCAUGGAGCUGAAGGUGUGGGUGGAUGGAGUGCAACGCAUCGUCUGUGGGGUCACUGAGGUCACUACAUGUCAGGAAGUCGUGAUUGCCCUGGCCCAGGCCAUAGGGCGCACUGGAAGGUACACCCUGAUCGAGAAAUGGCGUGAGACAGAAAGGCACCUGGCCCCCCAUGAGAAUCCAGUGGUGUCCCUGAAUAAGUGGGGUCAAUAUGCCAGCGAUGUGCAGCUUGUGUUACAACGCACCGGACCCUCUUUGAGUGAACGGCCCACCUCAGAAACCUCAGCUCUUGUGCCCGAGCGUGGUCUGUUCCACCAGAGCCUGCCGCCUCUGGCCAAGCUGCGGCCCUUGGGUGCUGACCGCUCCAUGAAGCGGCGCGAGCCAAAACGCAAGUCCUUGACCUUCACUGGUGGCAGCAGGGGCCUGCGGGACAUCUUUGGCAGGAGCCGGGAGUCGGGCCGGGUCCGCAGCGCCACCCCAGGGUUAGGCAUGCAGGACCUGGGCCGUCACGUGCAGAUGCAAAAGGAGAAGCUGUGCUUACUGGAGAAGCGGCUACAGGGCUGUGAUCGUGAGCUGCAUAGUGAGUUUCUGACAGCUGAAGACGAGGAGGAGCUGCGCUCAUUGGAGCAGCAGGUGCUGAGGAUGGAGGCUGAGAUGGAGGAGCAGGAAUUCUGGGAGAGUAAGCUGCUGUUGGAGCAGGAAACGGAGCGGCAGCUGCGCGAGCAGCUGCAUGAGCUGCGCAUUCGAGUGCAGGAGUGUGAGGUUCGGCUGGCCGAGUACCUGGCGCAGAUUCAGCACAUGGAGUCAUGCCUGGAGUCCGAACAGCUACAGCGGACAAUGCAGGCAGACGAAGAGGAGCUGCAGGAGCAGAUGGAGGAAGUGAGGAAAGAGCUGGAGAUACAGGUUCAGCAUGGUUCCAGGCUAGAGGGCAGCUGCAGAGCAGUGGACCUUUCUCUGGGACAGUCCAGCAUUCGGCUACAGGAAAAGGAGCAGGAGCUGGAACAGUUAACCAAGGAACUGAGACAAGUAAACCUUCAACAGUUUAUCCAGCAGACUGGCACCAAAGUGACCGUGCUCCCAGCAGAACCUGCUGAAGAGGAGAGUAGCAAAGAGUCUGAGCAGUCCAUCUCUCUGAAGCAUUUGGGUUCAGCCCACCCCCUCCCCAACACCCUCCAAGCCCUCCAAAGCCCGCUGAGCUCCAGCUUCAACCCAGAAGGCAUUUAUGUCUGAUCAUCCCAGAGCCCCUGGACAUCUACAAGUGAAACGAUCAUACACUGCAUUUCAAGCCAUUCACACCACUCAACUGUCAAUAUUGUUUGUUUGCUUAAUGCAACAGAAGAUCCAUUACUCUCCACUAUAAUUCAUGUAGGGAGGAGUGUACUCUACAUAGGGGAUUGAUCGUCUCUUUUGAUCAGUGCUACACCUUUUACAAAAUUUUCUCAUGAACAACACUUUAUCUGUCAACCACAAAAGAUGUCCUCUCAAAAGCUACUUAACCGAGCCACCUAGUGGUUAGUUUUACUAGACCUAGCCUGCCCAUCUAGACUGCAUGAUUUUGCCUGUCAGCCUUUUGCCGUCGAAGGUUCCAUGCAACACAGGUGAUGUCAGUCUUCCACAGUGUUCCUCAACAGCUGACUAUCCAGGAUCUGUUCCCUAAACAUCCUCUCACAGUCUUGUGCAUCACUGCUGCCUGGUUGUAAUGCUAAGACUGGAGAGGACUUUUCAGUAUGCUGUAUUGUACCUAGUGGUUUAUUGAGCUAAAGUUUAUUGAGCUGCAGUGGUUUGCACUUUAUUGGCCAAAACAUCUGCUGUGGAAUGACACAAAUUUAAAAGGUGAAUUUUCUUAUAUCUUCUUUUAUCUAUGAUGCAAUGAUUGCUGCUAAUUUAACUUCUUAUUGGU